AUGAGCCCUAACUUUGGUACUAUUGGGAACACUGUCUUAAGACUGUGCCAGGGGCUAGAAGGAAAGACUCACAAGAUCAUUCUUGACAAUUUAUUCACAACAAUCCCAUUGCUUUCGUAUCUGAAGCAAAAGAAAAUUCAUGUAUUGGGAACCAUAAGGUCGAACAGACUGAAGGUUCCAGAGAGUAAAUUGACCAACAGCAAAGCUCUAAUGAAAUCAGGUCAAGGUUCAAUGUCUAUUGCUACUUCUAAUGACAAUAUUACAGUUAUGCACUGGGUGGAUAGUAACAUUGUGCACAUGGUAUCUGCCUUUGCUGGAGGGACACCAACUGAUACUGUCAAAAGAUGGGACGUGAAGAACCAUGCUCACAUAGAGAUAGAGGGGCCAUAUACUGUAGCAUGCUACAACAAAUUCAUGGGCAGAGUGGACAUGACUGACCGGAUGGUUGCACGCUACCCUCACACAAUGAAGAGCAAGAAGUUUUAUUUGAGAAUAUUCUUCCACUUUUAUAAUGUUGUACUAGUAAAUGCAUGGAUUCUUUACAAAAGAGACAUUGAAUAA